AUGUCUACUUCCAAUGAUGCGCCAGGUGGUGCCGCGACCGAGCAGGCCAAUGUGCAGACUGUCAUUGAGGCUCGCAUUGAUCCCGACGAGAACACAGAGGACCGGACUUCUGACAUUGGAAGCGAAAUUUCAUCGAAUAGCAGUGUAUCCAGCUCAGUUUACGAAUUUCGUAUCGAAAAUGGACGCAGAUACCAAACGUACAGAGAGGGCAGUGAGUCACGAUCUCUCUCUUGCUUUCACCUCCAGACUGACGUUUAUAACCAAGAGUAUCAUUAUCCCAUCGAUGAAAGGGAGAGCGAGAGGCUUGGUGAGGCCCCCUAUCUCCCAAUACUGACUCACCUAUGUUCUUCAAGACUCAAGUUUAAUGUGCCAUCAGAUCUUCAGCACUGGCUGUGUCUAGGAUCAUUCAGAAACAAAUUGGGCCUUGCACCCCCCAAUGAUGAAGGGUCGUCAGUGAAGCGGGUUCUCGACUUGGGUACAGGCACUGGACUAUGGGCCAUUGAGUUUGGUGACGAACACCCUGAAGCCGAGGUCAUUGGCGUCGAUAUCGUCCCUCCGCAGUCCGUUGGUAGCGUCCCACCUAACGUCCUUUUCGAGAUUGACGACAUCGACGAAACUUGGACGUACAGCCAGCCAUUCGACUAUAUUCACAGUCGGAUGAUGACGUCUAGCAUCAGCGACUGGAAAAAGUACUUACAGAAGUGCUUCGAUCAUCUCGAGCCCAAUGGGUAUCUUGAGCUGCAGGAAGCCGAUCUUUUCCCUCAGUCUGACGAUGGUACUUUGAAGCCGGAUGCUGCGAUAAUCCAAAGUUGCGAGAACGUGCAGAAAGCUUGCACUAUAUUUGGAAGACCCUUUGCCAGCAUCCCCGACUUGGCUACUAUCAUGACUGAAGUUGGUUUCGAAGAUGUCGUUUUGACCAAGAACAAGUGGCCCAUGAAUUCAUGGCCAAAAGAUCAGCACUACAAGACCCUGGGAGCCUGGUCGCUUGAGAACUAUCUCCAAGGCAUCGAGGGGUGGACAAUGCCUGCAUUUACCAAGGGCUUGGGCUGGACGAAAGAUCAAGUUCAGGUCUUCCUGAUCGACGUUCGGAACGAGAUGAAGGACAGAACCAUCCACGCUUACUGGCCAGUAUACUCAAUCUACGGAAGGAAGCCGGUGCCUGCUCCCGAUGGCACAAAGAGCCAGUACGAGAACUAA